AUGAGCGAGAUGUCCAGCUUUCUCCACAUCGGGGACAUCGUCUCCCUGUACGCCGAGGGCUCCGUCAAUGGCUUCAUCAGCACUUUGGGGUUGGUGGAUGACCGCUGUGUGGUGGAGCCCGCGGCAGGGGACCUGGACAACCCCCCUAAGAAGUUCCGAGACUGCCUCUUCAAGGUGUGUCCCAUGAACCGCUACUCGGCCCAGAAGCAGUACUGGAAGGCCAAACAGACGAAGCAGGACAAGGAGAAGAUCGCUGACGUGGUGCUGCUACAAAAGUUACAGCACGCAGCCCAGAUGGAGCAGAAGCAGAAUGACACGGAGAACAAGAAGGUGCACGGGGACGUCGUGAAGUAUGGCAGUGUCAUCCAGCUCCUGCACAUGAAGAGCAACAAGUACUUGACAGUGAACAAGCGGCUGCCAGCCCUGCUGGAGAAGAAUGCCAUGCGGGUGACACUGGAUGCAACAGGCAACGAGGGCUCCUGGCUCUUCAUCCAGCCCUUCUGGAAGCUGCGGAGCAACGGGGACAAUGUGGUGGUGGGGGACAAGGUGAUCCUGAAUCCUGUCAACGCCGGGCAGCCUCUGCAUGCCAGCAAUUAUGAGCUUAGUGACAACGCUGGCUGCAAGGAGGUCAACUCUGUGAACUGCAACACCAGCUGGAAGAUUAACCUGUUCAUGCAGUUCCGAGACCACCUGGAGGAGGUGUUGAAAGGGGGAGACGUGGUGCGGCUGUUCCAUGCGGAGCAGGAGAAGUUCCUGACGUGUGACGAGUAUAAGGGCAAGCUGCAGGUGUUCCUGCGCACCACGCUGCGCCAGUCCGCCACCUCGGCCACCAGCUCCAAUGCCCUCUGGGAAGUGGAGGUGGUCCACCAUGACCCCUGCCGUGGAGGAGCCGGUCACUGGAAUGGCCUGUAUCGCUUCAAGCACCUGGCCACGGGCAACUACUUGGCUGCCGAGGAGAACCCCAGUUACAAAGGCGAUACCUGUGAGUCCAAGGCGGCAGGAAUGCGUGCUCAGGGUCGUGCAGGUCGCCGGAACGCUGGGGAGAAGAUCAAGUACCGCUUGGUGGCUGUGCCCCAUGGCAACGACAUUGCCUCCCUCUUUGAGCUGGACCCCACCACCUUGCAGAAAACUGACUCCUUUGUGCCCAGGAACUCCUAUGUCCGGCUGCGGCACCUCUGCACCAACACGUGGAUCCAGAGCACCAACGUACCCAUCGACAUUGAGGAAGAGCGGCCCAUUCGGCUCAUGCUGGGCACCUGCCCCACCAAGGAGGACAAGGAAGCCUUUGCCAUCGUGUCAGUUCCAGUGUCUGAGAUCCGGGACCUGGACUUUGCCAACGAUGCCAGCUCCAUGCUGGCCAGUGCCGUGGAGAAACUCAGCGAGGGUUUCAUCAGCCAGAAUGACCGCAGGUUUGUCAUCCAGCUGCUGGAGGACCUGGUGUUCUUCGUCAGCGAUGUGCCCAACAAUGGGCAGAAUGUGCUGGACAUCAUGGUCACCAAGCCCAACCGGGAACGGCAGAAGCUGAUGCGCGAGCAGAACAUCCUCAAACAGAUCUUUGGCAUUCUGAAGGCCCCUUUCCGUGACAAGGGGGGUGAGGGCCCCCUGGUGCGGCUGGAGGAGCUGUCAGACCAGAAGAAUGCCCCCUACCAGCACAUGUUCCGCCUCUGCUACCGGGUGCUGCGGCAUUCCCAGGAAGAUUACCGUAAGAACCAGGAGCACAUCGCCAAACAGUUCGGGAUGAUGCAGUCCCAGAUCGGCUAUGACAUCCUGGCAGAAGACACCAUCACUGCCCUCCUGCACAACAACCGCAAGCUCCUGGAGAAGCACAUCACCAAGACCGAGGUGGAGACCUUCGUCAGCCUCGUACGGAAGAACAGGGAGCCCAGGUUCCUGGACUACCUCUCUGACCUGUGUGUGUCCAACCACAUCGCCAUCCCUGUCACCCAAGAGCUCAUCUGCAAAUGUGUGCUGGACCCCAAGAACAGUGACAUUCUCAUCCAGACCGAGCUGCGGCCGGUGAAGGAGAUGGCCCAGUCCCACGAGUACCUGAGCAUCGAGUACUCAGAGGAGGAGGUGUGGCUCACUUGGACCGACAAGAAUAACGAGCACCAUGAGAAGAGCGUGAGGCAGCUGGCCCAGGAGGCGCGGGCCGGCAAUGCCCAUGACGAGAACGUGCUCAGCUACUACAGGUACCAGCUGAAGCUCUUUGCUCGCAUGUGCCUGGACCGCCAGUACCUGGCCAUCGACGAGAUCUCCCAGCAGCUGGGUGUUGACCUGAUCUUCCUGUGUAUGGCAGACGAAAUGCUGCCCUUUGACCUACGCGCCUCCUUCUGCCACCUGAUGCUGCACGUGCACGUGGACAGGGACCCCCAGGAGCUGGUCACGCCCGUCAAAUUCGCCCGCCUCUGGGUGGUCAGCCUGGCGCACAAUCUCAUCUACUUCGGCUUCUACAGCUUCAGUGAGCUGCUGCGGCUCACUCGCACUCUGUUGGGCAUCAUCGACUGCGUGCAGGGGCCCCCGGCCAUGCUACAGGCCUACGAUGACUCAGGCGGCAAGAAUGUGCGGCGGUCCAUCCAGGGUGUGGGCCACAUGAUGUCCACCAUGGUGCUAAGCCGAAAGCAGUCUGUCUUUGGCGCCCCCAGCCUGCCUGCUGGCUCUGGUGCCACUGAGCCACUGGACCGAAGCAAGUUUGAGGACAAUGAAGACAUUGUGGUGAUGGAGACCAAGCUGAAGAUCCUGGAAAUCUUGCAGUUCAUCCUCAAUGUCCGCCUGGAUUACCGCAUCUCCUACCUGCUGUCCGUCUUCAAGAAGGAGUUUGUGGAGGUGUUUCCCAUGCAGGACAGCGGGGCCGACGGCACAGCCCCGGCCUUCGACUCCACCACUGCCAACAUGAACCUGGAUCGCAUCGGGGAGCAGGCGGAGGCCAUGUUUGGAGUAGGGAAGACAAGCAGCAUGCUGGAGGUGGACGACGAGGGUGGCCGCAUGUUCCUACGGGUGCUUAUCCACCUCAGCAUGCACGACUACGCGCCGCUGGUCUCGGGGGCCCUUCAGUUGCUCUUCAAGCAUUUCAGCCAGCGCCAGGAGGCCAUGCACACCUUCAAGCAGGUGCAGCUGCUGAUCUCAGCUCAGGAUGUGGAGAACUACAAGGUGAUCAAGUCGGAGCUGGACCGGCUGCGGACCAUGGUCGAGAAGUCGGAGCUGUGGGUCGACAAGAAGGGCAGCAGCAAAGGCGAGGAGGUGGAGGCAGGUGCUACCAAAGACAAGAAGGAGCGGCCCACAGAUGAGGAGGGCUUUCUGCACCCACCUGGGGAGAAGAGCAGUGAGAACUACCAGAUCGUCAAGGGCAUCCUGGAGCGGCUGAACAAGAUGUGCGGUGUUGGGGAGCAGAUGAGGAAGAAGCAGCAGAGGCUGCUCAAGAACAUGGACGCCCACAAGGUCAUGCUGGACCUGCUGCAGAUCCCCUAUGACAAGGGUGAUGCCAAGAUGAUGGAGAUCCUGCGGUAUACGCACCAGUUCCUGCAGAAGUUCUGCGCGGGGAACCCCGGCAACCAGGCCCUGCUGCAUAAGCACCUGCACCUCUUCCUCACACCAGGGCUCCUGGAGGCAGAGACCAUGCAGCACAUCUUCCUGAACAACUACCAGCUGUGCUCUGAAAUCAGCGAGCCUGUGUUGCAGCACUUCGUGCACCUGCUGGCCACACACGGGCGGCACGUUCAGUAUCUGGACUUCCUGCACACCGUCAUCAAGGCCGAGGGCAAGUACGUCAAGAAGUGCCAGGACAUGAUCAUGACGGAGCUGACCAAUGCAGGUGACGACGUGGUCGUGUUCUACAAUGACAAGGCCUCACUGGCCCACCUGCUGGACAUGAUGAAGGCUGCCCGGGAUGGUGUGGAGGACCACAGCCCCCUCAUGUAUCACAUCUCCCUGGUGGACCUGCUGGCUGCCUGUGCCGAGGGCAAGAACGUCUACACUGAGAUCAAGUGCACCUCCCUGCUGCCCCUGGAAGACGUGGUGUCUGUGGUGACACACGAGGACUGCAUCACUGAGGUGAAAAUGGCCUACGUGAACUUCGUGAAUCACUGCUACGUGGACACAGAGGUGGAGAUGAAGGAGAUCUACACCAGCAACCACAUCUGGACACUCUUUGAGAACUUCACCCUGGACAUGGCUCGGGUCUGCAGUAAGCGUGAGAAGCGCCUGGCUGACCCCACCCUGGAGAAGUAUGUGCUGACUGUCGUGCUGGACACCAUCAAUGCCUUCUUCAGCUCUCCGUUCUCGGAGAACAGCACCUCCCUGCAGACACACCAGACAAUCGUGGUGCAGCUGCUGCAGUCCACCACACGGCUGCUCGAGUGUCCGUGGCUGCAGCAGCAGCACAAGGGCUCCGUGGAGGCCUGUAUCCGGACCCUCGCCAUGGUGGCCAAAGGCCGGGCCAUCUCACUGCCCAUGGACCUGGAUGCACACAUCAGCUCACUGCUCAGCAGCGGCACCAGCUGUGCAGCUGCAGCCCAGCGCAACGCCUCCAACUACAAGGCGACCACGCGGGCCUUCCCCCGUGUCACGCCCACCGCCAACCAGUGGGACUACAAGAACAUCAUCGAGAAGCUGCAGGACAUCAUCACGGCCCUGGAGGAGCGGCUGAGGCCCCUGGUACAGGCCGAACUGUCCGUGCUGGUGGACGUCCUGCACUGGCCCGAGCUGCUCUUCCUGGAGGGCAGUGAGGCCUACCAGCGCUGUGAGAGUGGGGGCUUCCUGUCCAAGCUGAUCCAGCACACCAAGGACCUCAUGGAGUCGGAGGAGAAGCUGUGUGUCAAGGUGCUGCGGACCCUGCAGCAAAUGCUGCUCAAGAAGGCCAAGUACGGGGAUCGGGGCAAUCAACUGCGCAAGAUGCUGCUACAAAACUACCUCCAGAAUCGGAAGUCCAGCUCGAGGGGGGACCUUCCGGACCCCAUGAGCCCUGGCCUGGACCAAGACUGGUCAGCAAUUGCGGCCACCCAGUGCCGGCUGGACAAGGAGGGGGCCACCAAGCUGGUAUGCGACCUGAUCACCAGCACCAAGAAUGAGAAGAUUUUCCAGGAGAGCAUUGGCCUGGCCAUCCGCCUGCUGGAUGGUGGCAACACGGAGAUCCAGAAAUCCUUCUACAACCUGAUGACAAGUGACAAGAAGUCAGAGCGCUUCUUCAAGGUGCUGCAUGACCGCAUGAAGCGGGCCCAGCAGGAGACCAAGUCCACGGUGGCCGUCAACAUGAAUGACCUGGGCAGCCAGCCGCGCGAGGACCGGGAGUCGGCAGACCCCACCACCAAAGGUCGCGUGGCCUCCUUCUCGAUGCCAGGCUCCCCAUCCCGCUAUUCCCUGGGCCCCAGCCUACGCCGGGGGCACGAGGUGGGCGAGCGCGUGCAGAGCAACGAGAUGGGCACGUCCGUGCUCAUCAUGCAGCCCAUCCUGCGCUUUCUGCAGCUGCUGUGUGAGAACCACAACCGUGACCUGCAGAACUUCCUGCGCUCCCAGAACAACAAGACCAACUACAACCUGGUGUGUGAGACACUGCAGUUCCUGGACAUCAUGUGCGGCAGCACCACCGGUGGCCUGGGGCUGCUGGGGCUUUACAUCAAUGAGGACAACGUGGGCCUUGUCAUCCAGACCCUGGAGACCCUCACUGAGUACUGUCAGGGCCCCUGCCACGAGAACCAGACCUGCAUCGUGACGCAUGAGUCCAACGGCAUAGACAUCAUCACGGCCCUGAUUCUUAAUGACAUCAGUCCCUUGUGCAAAUACCGUAUGGAUCUGGUGCUGCAGCUUAAGGACAAUGCCUCCAAGCUGCUCCUGGCUCUGAUGGAGAGCCGGCACGACAGUGAAAACGCUGAGCGAAUCCUCAUCAGCCUGCGGCCCCAGGAGCUGGUGGACGUCAUCAAGAAAGCCUACCUGCAGGAGGAGGAGCGGGAAAACUCGGAGGUGAGCCCACGGGAAGUGGGCCACAACAUCUACAUCCUGGCGCUGCAGCUCUCCAGGCACAACAAGCAGCUGCAGCACCUGCUCAAGCCAGUGAAGCGCAUCCAAGAGGAGGAGGCCGAGGGCAUCUCUUCUAUGCUCAGCCUCAACAACAAGCAGCUGUCCCAGAUGCUCAAGUCCUCCGCGCCCGCACAAGAGGAGGAGGAGGACCCCCUGGCCUACUACGAGAACCACACAUCCCAGAUAGAGAUCGUGCGACAGGACCGCAGCAUGGAGCAGAUCGUGUUCCCGGUGCCUGGCAUCUGCCAGUUCCUGACGGAGGAGACCAAGCACCGGCUCUUCACCACCACGGAGCAGGAUGAGCAGGGCAGCAAAGUGAGCGACUUCUUCGACCAGUCCUCCUUCCUGCACAACGAAAUGGAGUGGCAGCGCAAGCUCCGCAGCAUGCCACUGAUCUACUGGUUCUCCCGCCGAAUGACCCUGUGGGGCAGUAUUUCCUUCAACCUGGCAGUUUUUAUCAACAUCAUCAUUGCCUUCUUCUACCCCUACAUGGAGGGCGCAUCCACAGGCGUGCUGGGCUCCCCACUCAUCUCACUGCUGUUCUGGAUCCUCAUCUGUUUCUCCAUCGCGGCCCUGUUCACCAAGCGCUACAGCAUCCGCCCCCUCAUUGUGGCGCUCAUCCUGCGCUCCAUCUACUACCUGGGCAUUGGGCCCACACUCAACAUCCUGGGCGCCCUCAACCUGACCAACAAGAUUGUAUUUGUGGUGAGCUUUGUGGGCAACCGCGGAACCUUCAUCCGGGGCUAUAAGGCCAUGGUCAUGGACAUGGAGUUCCUCUACCAUGUGGGCUACAUCCUGACGAGUGUCCUGGGCCUCUUUGUCCACGAGCUCUUCUACAGCAUCCUGGUGAGCCCUCUGGGGGCUGGGGCUGCCAGCCCCCUGGGGAUGCCACAUGGAGCUGCCACAUUUGUGGGCACGUGCAGUGGGGACAAGCUGGACUGUGUCUCAGGGGUCUCAGUGCCUGAGGUCCUGGAAGGGAACGAAGAGCUGGAGAGCACGGAGCGGGCCUGCGACACGCUGCUCAUGUGCAUCGUCACUGUCAUGAACCACGGGCUGCGCAAUGGUGGUGGCGUGGGCGACAUUCUCCGCAAGCCCUCCAAAGACGAGUCCCUCUUCCCAGCCCGUGUGGUCUACGACCUCCUGUUCUUCUUCAUUGUCAUUAUCAUCGUGCUGAACCUCAUCUUUGGGGUGAUCAUUGACACCUUUGCUGACCUGCGCAGUGAGAAGCAGAAGAAGGAGGAGAUUCUUAAGACCACGUGCUUCAUCUGCGGUCUGGAGAGAGACAAGUUUGAUAACAAGACAGUGUCCUUUGAGGAACACAUCAAGUUCGAGCACAACAUGUGGAACUACCUGUACUUCAUCGUGCUGGUCCGCGUCAAAAACAAGACGGACUACACGGGGCCUGAGAGCUACGUGGCCCAGAUGAUCAAGAACAAGAACCUGGACUGGUUCCCCCGGAUGAGGGCCAUGUCCCUAGUGAGCAACGAGGGGGAAGGGGAGCAGAAUGAGAUCCGGAUUCUUCAGGAUAAGCUCAACUCCACCAUGAAGCUGGUGUCCCACCUCACCGCCCAGCUCAACGAGCUCAAGGAGCAGAUGACAGAGCAGCGGAAGCGCAGGCAACGCCUGGGCUUUGUGGACGUCCAGAACUGCAUGAGCCGCUGAGAGCCACCGGACGCCCC